AAGAAUUAACCACAGGAACGACCAAGAACAUCAUAUUUGGGUAAAAAUCAGGUGCCGUUGGUAAGACUACAGCUGAACACUACAGUACUCAUUCCUCGCCAUGUGGCUGCGAGGUAAACAAACACACUGAGUGGUGACUGGUGACUGAGUGCCGAGUGCCUGCCUAGAUCAUCGCUGCCCUUAUAACACAACCAACACCACCAUGGGCAAGAGGAGGAAGACUGGUGGUGGGAAGAGACCUGCUGCUGUGCCCAGAGGAGAGGAAGGCAGACUGGCCAAGGGGUCAUCCCUGCUCAACCCAGCCAGCCGAGACUUUGUGUACGAUGAGGUGGACCAAUUCGAGGAGGACCGUGACCGCCUGUCCCUGUCCAAGGCCCAGGCGCUGAUGGCCCGGCCCAGAGCUUCCAAGGAACAAGUUCUGGGCAUUGAUGUCAGCUCAUCUGAGGAUGACGAUGAGGAGGAGGAAGAGGAAGAGGAGGAAAGUGACCAGGAUGCCAUGUACAUGGAAGAUGACAUAGUGGAGGAGCAGGAGGAGCGUCUGCCAGAUGAGCGUGCCUGGGGUGCCAAUAAGUGGCGCUACAUUGGCACUGACACCACAGAUGAGAAGAUUCACAAAUCGGCACAGGGGCAGGAUGAGGAGCUGGAGCGCCUGGAAGAGGAGACAGCCAGGAAGCUGCAGGACCGCAUGGCUGCUGAACUGGAACACAUGGUGGCUGAGGACCUCCUGCCACAGGAUAAGGACGAUAAGGGGAAGAAGACGCCCGUAGAGUCAUCAGUGACAGUGGAUUUGUCGGGGCUGUCGCGCACCAAGAAGCUGCAGCUACUGAAGAGGGAGUCCCCAGAGUUUCUUCCCUUGCUGGAGGACCUCAAGGAGAAACUGAAGGAGCUGCAGACCUUCCUAGUGCCACUGAUGGAGGGUGUGAAGGAUGGCCACAUCACCUCUGUGGCCCUGUGUCACUACCUCACCACCAAGUACCGCCUCGUUUUGAACUAUGUGUGUGUGAUGGGUGUGUACAUGAUGACCAAGAGCAGUGUGGGUGUGGUGGGACAGCAUCCAGUGCUGGGCCGCCUUGCUCAGUACCGGCAGCUGCUGCAGGAGCUUGUCCCAUGUGAUGAGAAGCUGAGGCCACAGCUGGAGGACAUUCUUCCCAAGGUGAAGGCUGCCAAGGCUACUGCACAAAAGAAGGCCAGCAGGAAGAAGCCCCGUCAGCUGCAGCUCCUUGUCACCAGGAUGAGAGGAGCUCCUGUCAAGAAGAGGAAGGUGUCAGAUCUGCUUGAGGACCCUGAGGGAGAGGACGCCAAGUUGAAGAAGAAGAAGGAGGCCCAGCACCUUGUGGCAGCAGAGGCAAGCAGUGACGAGGAGCAGCCCAGCCAGAAAGAAGCAGGUGAAGGAGAGGUAGGAGAGGAGAGCCUGGAUCCAGAGGGGAAGCGUGCCAUCACCUACCAGAUUGCCAAGAACAAAGGGCUCACUCCCUCUCGCAAAAAGGAACAGCGUAACCCGAGAGUCAAGUACAGGAAGAAGUACAAGAACAAACUGCAGAGGAGGAAGGGACAGGUCCGUUUGGUGCGUAAGGAGAUCAAACGGUACGAGGGAGAGGUGUCAGGUAUCAAGUCCCACACCAUCAAGAGUAUUAAGAUCAAGUAGGUGUAGUGAAGAGGUGCUGUGGCCAUGGGAGAUGAAAGGCAGCAGGUGUAAACAAGCAGCUGCAGUCACCAAGUCGCCAGUGUUUGAGUGCCUUGUCUCCACUACUUUCAAGAGGUAUCACUGGAUAUUGGUGUCAUGUUUUAAGUGUUUCCUUUGUGAUUGUAAUAUUGUGGAUGCAUGUAGCCAGCUGUGCUAUGUGUGAGCUCCUCUUGUGUGGUAGGGUGGUUCAUGAGUCUGUUCCUUUCCCUUGUGUGGCUAAUGGUGUCAGUAAUGUGUGUGUGUGUGUUUCUCUAGACCAUCCUUUGUGUGAUUGCCUGCCUGGUACACAGACUGACAUAAAGAUAAUUUAGCAACCAUUCUGUAUCAACAAUAGGAAAAGAACUAUAUGUACAAUUGAGAAAGCACUAGUGAUGUAAGGAAUGGUUAUCUUUCUGGCCUUUGAAGAUGGUCUGUAUUGGAGCCCACAGCGUUUCACAAUACAGGUUUAUCAGUGCCUGUGUGGUGGCUCAAUGCGUGGCACUGAAAACUUGAAGCUGUUAUCACUGAGAGGGAGAGAGAAAGGCAGGGCUUACAUGUAACACUCAGUUUUCCGGUGAUACAUUAACCUUCGGGUGAAUGAAUCAUGCAUAUCAGACACGUGCUGGUGAAGAUAAUCAAGCACUGACGUCCUUUCAGUAUCAUGACACGUUUUCCGAUUCAUUCUGCUUAGUAUUUGGUGAUUUUAUACAGCUUCAGAAACUUGCGUGAGGAUUAAAAUAGUGAAGACUGGCCAUUAUUCUUGCUUUGACCGCCAUAGACCCUUCCUAAUGUAAGUAAAAUCGUUUAAAUUAUAACCAAAACUCAUGGUAAAAAUGCAUCCUGGUACUGAAUGGAUCAAUGUACAGUAAGGCGUGUACUGAAACGGCAUUGCAUUCCUCUAAGUUUCAUCGGAACGUGUGUGCCUCGGAUGGACCCUAUAGCUAGUACAUUAAAGUGUUUCAACGAGUUAAUGAGUUUUAACACUAUUCUAAACCAUUAGUAAGGAAGACACUUAUGACAAACUGAGUAUACAUCCAUGGCCUUCGAGGAUAACGAAAGAUUACCUCCUCGCUAGGCAUACACGUUGAAGCGGCCUCAAAAUCAAAAUUCAAGCGUUUGCGUGAUUCUAGAAAUCAAUAAUCACUAAUCAAAACCAUCAGUGAAGGAAGACACUCAUGAUAAAUUGUGUAUACAUCCCUGACCUUUGAGGAUAACCAAAGAUUACCUCCGCGUUUGACAUCCACUUAGAAGAGGCCUCGGAGUCACAAGAUUUCAGUGUUACGCGUUUCUAGAGAACAGUAAUCAAGAUUUUAAACCAUCGUGAAGGAAAAACACGAAUAAAAACCCGAUUAACUAUCCCUCUGAGAGUAGAGAGAUGAGAGACUGAAAAUGAUGGCGCAAGAGGUUUCAGGCAGCGUAGUAGCAAGGAAAAGAAGGGUGGCGUGGUGUGUUACGUUGAGGACAAUAUGAGAUGGAGAAGGCUGGGGAGUGGGGGUAAAGAUUGCAGUCCUUGAGUGAGGAGGAAGGGCAGGAAGUAAAUCAUAUGAAAGCUGGCAAAUGUUUAUGUAUGACCUGUAAAUGUGUGAAUGCGCAUUGGGAGGCGAGGAACGGCAGGGGUCACGGAGGGUAUGUGUGUGAGAAGUGUGGGGUUACAGAGGGUACAGUGAGGUAUGAAGGAGCAUUGUCAGGCUACGUCAGGCAGGGUCCAUCAAGGGUUACUUUGCUACAGCCCUGCAUUUGUCAAGGAUGAAGGAUAUUGCAGUGUGCGUCAUGUACCGUUACGUAACACUUAUUGAUCCAUCACACGUGACUUGCUACCUAACUGUAUGGGAGUAUUAAAAAAACCCACAUC